UUCAGUUAUUUGCUUAGCGGCUAAACAAAGUAUCCUGUAACGUCACAUGCCAAUUUUCGCACGAUUUAAGGAUAUCAGAGGUUUUUUUGCACCUUGGAGUCAGUCAUGUCGUCGGACGCCCUGAAGAAGCGAAAGUCUAAGGUGGUCCGCAGUGAAGGAGGAACCCCAGAGAUGAAGCGAGGUCGAGAAGCGGAGCAGCAGGAUGUGCGUGUGUACAAUGAGGAGGUGGAGCUAGACAGCAGGGACCCUGAGCAGGACUUCCUGCAGUACAAAGAGUCAUGUGAGGGUUUGGCCACAAUCAUGAGUGAGAUCCAGGAGCUCAAGGCUAAUGGAGCAAAGGAAGGGAGUGCUGAGGUCGAGCAGAGACGUAUGCAGGGAUGCAUCCACUUCAUGAAUCUGAAAAAACUCAACCGUCUGGCUCAUAUGCGACUAAAGAGAGGCAGAGACCAAACACAUGAUGCAAAGCAGAAAGUGGAUGUGCUGCACCUUCAGUUACAGAACCUGCUCUAUGAAGUCAUGCAUCUUCAGAAGGAGAUCAGCAAGUGUCUGGAGUUCAAGUCUAAGCAUGAAGAGAUCGACUUGGUGUCUGAGUCAGAGUUUUACCAGGAAGCGCCAGAUGAGAUUUCCAGGCCUCACCUCACAAAAAACGAUCCCCACCAACUCACACUGGCCCGACUGGACUGGGAGCUUGAACAGAGGAAGAGGUUGGCAGAAAAAUACAAGGAGUGCCAGUCCACGAAGGAGAAGAUCCAGAAGAGCAUCGAGGUGAAGAAGGAACAUCUGACGAGCCUGCAGCCUGGACUCAAUGCCAUCAUGCAGGCCUCUCUCCCCGUGCAGGAGUACCUUGCCAUGCCGUUUGAACAGGCUCAGAUACAGACAGAGGUCGCCCGCCACCUGCCUCCAGCCCUCUAUGUGCUGUUUGUUCAGGCCAACGCCUAUGGCCAAGCCUGUGACAAGAACCUCAGUGUCUCCAUCAGUGGUGAUGUGGAUGAGGCCAAGGCCCUGUCCAAACCUCCAGAAGAUUCCCAGGAUGACGAGAGUGACUCCGAUGCAGAGGAGGAGCAAGAAAAGACGAAGAGAAGAAGGCCAACUACAGGGGGCCAGCUGGAUGACAAAAGAAAGGAGAUGCUGAAAAGGCACCCUCUGUCGCUCUGCUUAGACCUCAAGUGUAAAGAUGGCAGCAUCCUCCAUCUCCACUUCUACUACCUGAUGAAUCUGAACAUUACGACUGUCAAGGCCAAGGUCUCCACCUCAACAGACCUCAGCUCGGCCAUCAGCGCAGGGGACCUGCUGAAAUCAGACACUCUACUCAGCUGUCUCUACAGCAGCGACCAGGGCAAAGAAACGCCCAAUCCAGCUAAUCGCUACCAGUUUGAUAAAGUCGGGAUUGUUACCUUUGCUGAUUAUGUGGAGGAGCUGGGCCAUCCCUACAUGUGGGUUCAGAGUCUGGGAGGACUACAUUUCCCUAAAGACUCCUCAGAGGGUGUGAGUGUGGGCAGUUCUCUGAGUGCCAGCCACAUGGAGAACACCAUGAAGCUGCUGAGGGGACGGCUGCAGGCUCGCUUGGCUUUGCACAAACAGUUUGCCUCUUUAGAGCACAGCAUCAUCCCGGUCUCCAGUGAGUGUCAGCACCUCUUUCCUGCCAAGAUCAUCUCCCGUUUAUCCCGCUGGACCACCAUCACUCAGCAGGAGUACAUGGAGCUGCCAUAUACUCGUCAUGUGUCUGAUGCUGGGCUGGCAAAGGAGUCAGAUCUGUACUUUAUGUCUGUGGUGGAGAGAGGCACAGCUCGUCUCCAGGCCGCCUUGGUGCUGAGUCCCCGUUACCCAGAAAUCUCCCCCCUGUUCUCCCUCUCCCUCAGCUGGAAGGGAGAGCGCACCGGACGCACAGAUGACAACCUUCGAGCCAUGGAGAGCGAGAUCAAUGUGUUCAAAAAUGAACUACAGGGGCCCCGCCCGGGACACCAGCUCCUGACCAAUCAGAUUUCACGCCUCUGUGUCUGCCUGGAUGUUUAUUUGGAGACUGAAGGUCAAGAUGACAGUGUGGAGGGACCACUAGAGUUUCCCAGAGAAAAGAUGUGCCUGCGCACCGUCAGGGGUCCAAAUCGUCUGAAGCCAUUCAAGUACAACCACCCUCAGGGCUUCUUCAGUCACCGCUAGAUUUGUCCAUAUGAUUCUCAGUGCUGUACUUUACAACUGUAACUCCUGUAUGCUUACCUUUUUGUGGCUCUUAGAUCCAGAAAGUAUCAAUUUUUUAAAGUCCUUUUACAUGUGUGGAAAUAAAAGCUGCGUUAUUUUCUUGAA